UACACUAAAUUCCACUCUGGGGUUUAUACUCGUUUACAUCACUGUACAAAAUAUCUCGACAUAUUGCAGCACAAACAAGUCAAAUCCAUACGCAAUUGGAUCAUUAAUCUUUUAAUAGGACAAAGGCAACCGUUAUGCAAUCGCCUGCGGUGAAAUUAGUGUUAUUAAUUUACUUUCUGGGUGUAACAAACGGUCAAAUAAUAGUAAAACUAAAUAACACUCAUCCUUGCACUAUGGAGGACGAUUUAAAAAAAUUUAUUGCUGUGUGCCAACCAAAACGAAUAGAAGAUUUCGCUCCAACGGGGUAUAAUACGACUCACGUAUGGUUCGUUGCUAAUAAUGGAUCGCUGGAAUGUACAGCUAAAAUUGGUGAUAUUUCAAAAAUUGCUUUAUGUACAAUUCAUAUUAAUACUCCUAUUAACGUAGUUGUUGUAGUACCACCGAAAUGCAGAGAUAUUUAUGGGCAUCCAAUUCAUUGUAGGGAUACUUUUAAUCCUCCGAUAAAGCAGAAAAAAAUUAUAAAAGGCUUUUAUUAUAAGAAAAAAAACUAACAACUUUUUUAAAUACAGUAAAACCUCGAUAUAACGGGUUAAUACGAGGAAGGGAGUGUCUGUUAUAGCCAAAAGUCCAUUAUAUGAAUAAUUUUAAUGCACAAAAAUUUGGACAAUUAACCGAGUCUACGUGGCUUUAUAUUUAUGCCAAGGAUGGUAAUCUAAGAGAACUGCUACAUCCUGGGAACAGGUGCACAAUUCGAAGAUCCGUUCGUGAGGUCAGCGCUAAAUAACAAUUAAAAGUAGAACUAA